CAGUGUUGAGUCUAUGGGUAGUGUUGGGUCUUUGGGCAGUGUUGAGUCCUCCCGCCCCCACUCCCACGUCCCCACGAGCCCCCGCCACCCACCACCCCCCAAGUUCACAAGAACAACAAGAUGGCUAAACAAGAUGUAUGCACGAGAUGUAUAAAUCUCCCUCCAAAUCCUCCUCCAGCACAUUCCUGAGACGCAGCGGCUCCCUCUGUAGCCAGGCGCACAAAGACGGCUGGGAGUCGCCGGACAAGUCGACGUCACCACCACCGCUGCCGUCGUUCAACCCGCAGUGUCAACCCCGGGGCGGGGCCGCUGGAAACCCAACCGCCAACCUCUGCAACAAAAACAACAACAACGACAACAACAACUACGACAACAACAACGACAUCAACAACAACGACAACAACAACGACGACAACGACGACAACGAGCGAUGUCAUCGCCCAUUGGUGACUUCGGCGGUGACGUCGGCGUCUGUGACGUCACAGACGCCUCCCGCCGUCGGCCCGUGGCCGUCCCCUCGGCGGCGAGCGCGGGCCCCGUGGCCUUGCGGCGCAAGAUCGGCCUGUGGCGCGGGGUGGCGGUGCUCGUAGGCACCAUCGUGGGCAGCGGCAUCUUCAUCUCGCCCUCGGGGGUGCUGCGCCACGCCGGCUCGCCGGGCUGGGCCCUCGUGGUGUGGCUCGCCUGCGGACUUCUCUCCCUGCUCGGGGCCCUGUCGUACGCCGAGCUGGGCACCACGUACCGCAAGUCUGGCGGCCACUACAUCUACCUGCUGGAGACGCUGGGGCCCGCGCCCGCCUUCCUGCGCCUCUGGACCGAGUUCAUUAUCGUGCGGCCGGCCAUCACUGCCGUGGUGGCUCUGGCGUGUGGCCGCUACGCCCUGGCCCCCGUCUUCUCCCCGUGCCCCCCGCCGCUGCUCGCCGUGCAGCUCGUGACGGCCCUCGCCGUCACUCUCGUGGUGGUUGUGAACGCGUGGAGUGUGUCGUGGACGGCGCGCAUCCAGACCGUGCUGGUGGCCGUGAAGCUGGGCGCCAUCGCCCUCAUCGCGGUACCAGGCUUGGUGCACAUCGCCCGUGGCCACACGGAGAACUUUGUGGGGGCGUUUGAGGUGCCACCGGAGCGCAGCGUGGGGACUCUGCCCCUCGCCCUCUACGCAGGGAUGUUCGCUUACGCCGGCUGGUUCUGUUGUUGUUGUUGCUGCUUCAGGUUCUACAUGAACUUCAUCACGGAGGAGGUCAAAUCACCCGAGCGCACCCUGCCGCUAGCGAUCUGCAUCUCGAUGGCCAUCGUCACGGCCUCCUACCUGGUGAUGAACGUCGCCUACCUCGCCGUGCUCAGCGAGCCGGCCAUCCUCGCCUCGCCCGCCGUCGCCAUGAACUUUGCAGAGAAGACCCUGGGCAGCUUCUCCACCAUCAUCCCCAUCCUGGUGUCGCUCAGCUGCUUGGGCAGCAUGCUCGGCGGCUUCUUCGCCUCCGCCAGGAUGUUCUUCGUGGCGUCGCGUGAGAGCCACUGGCCCCGGCUCUUCAGCAUGAUCCACGUGCGCAGGCACACGCCGCUGCCUGCCGUGCUCCUGCUGUACCCGCUGCUGCUGUGCAUGGUGUUUGUGGGCGACGUGUACAGCCUGCUGCACUUCUGCAGCGCCCCGCGCUGGCUUUUCAUGGGGCUCGUCACACUGGGCCUCGUGCGCCAGCGCCUGCUCAGCCCCGGCACCCCGCGGCCCUUCCGAGUUCCGCUGCUCGUGCCCGCGACCUUCACCCUCUGCUGCCUGUGCAUGGUGCUGGCGUCGCUGUACGCCGACCCGGUGAACGUCGGCGUGGGCUUCCUCAUCACGCUCACCGGCGUGCCGGUCUACGCGCUCACCGCCUCGCCGUGGGGACGACGCCUGCGCCGCCGCUGGAGAUGCGCCGACCGCCUCCUCGCGCGUCUCACCGUGGAGAUGCAGCUGCUGCUGGAGGUGGUGCCCCAGGAGGUGGUGACCUACUGAGGCGGCCGCCCCCCCCACCCCCCACGCAGUGACGGAUGGAGCUCAGUGCCGGGCCUGUAGCGCGUCUUGUUGUUGUUAUCAAGGGGCAAUAUAUUUAAAAAGACACAUCAAUAUUAAAAACUCAUUUUUAACUCGCAUAGUAAAGUGAUCGUAUUUUUUUUAUUUUCUAUACGGCCAGAUAAAACGGCGAAUCGCUAAACUUAAACACCCGGUCGUUUGUAAAAGUUGAAGGCGGUAUAGUACUAUAGUCAUAGAGCGAGUGCAGAAUCACUGAACCGGGAUUGAUAGCUUGAAAGCAUUGAGCGCGGGGCCAUUGAAAGUGCGGGGCCCGUAGCUACUUCAUUUGUAGUAGUACAUGUGUAGUAGCUACUACUACUACUAC